GAGCUUUACAAUGUCGCACUUCGCUACGCCUUUUAUCGUCGUUAAUUUAGGUUGUGAGAUGUUAUUUGUGAUAGACCAACGGCUAAAAGCCCAGAAUAUUACUCUCGACAAAUCUGAAAGAGUACUUACCGAUGUAGUAACAGUAUUACUCCAUCCCAAAUUGCUAGAUGAGCUAUUUAUAUCGCAACCGGUGGCCACACACACUGUUAUCAAACAACUACUUCAAGACAUAUCCGCCACUUCGAUCAUGAAAUUAGAUGAUUAUUCAAUGAGCAAGUUGUGGGAUUUGAUGACUAUGAUCUUCAAAUGGCAACUCGCAGUCGCGACGAAUCAAAACAUUUUCGACAUCACUCGCCGUCACUUGAGGAGUGUUGCCAUACUAAUGCCACAAUUUUUCCCUAAAGUUAUAAUCGAACAGGCUAUGAAAAGAUUUGAAAGUUUAGCACAUCGUUUCACGGACAAUGAUUAUAAAUGCCUCAGUAGUACUCUAAUUUUAUGGUUUUCAGAGUAUCAUACAAAAAUAUCUGUGUUAAUGAGAUUGGGUUUGCAAAAAAGAGAUGGAACAUUUCAUUUACCUUCUGCGAUUGGCACAAAUAUUUUGCAUAAUCUAGGGGAAAAUAUCUACAAGUACGAUAACAAGAAAAAUCCAAUUGAAGAAUAUGAGAGCCGUUGUGCAGAUACUAAUGAAAUUAACUGUCUUUUGGCCACGAUAGAGAAAAAUCAUUCCAAAAAUAAAGUGGAGUUACAGUUGCCAAUUGAGUUCGGAGAUAAAACUUCUAAGAAGAAAGUUUUACAAAUUUCAAAAGAUAUUCAAUUUGAAAGUAUUGAUACCAACGUUAAAAUCAAAAGUACUGAUCUUACUUUUAUACCCGAUAUUCCGAAAUCCCCUCAGGAAGAUUUAUUGGAUAUGUUAGGUGAAGCUGGUAGUGACUUUAUAUGAGCAAGAAAUAACAAAAUGCUAACAGAUAUAAUAAAAUAGGAGCAAUCAAUUUAAAUUUUACUUCUACUACGGGAAACUUUGUAUGAUGGCAACACUCAUAUUUGUAUCGAUUGAAUUCAUCGAGCACCCCCUAGCCCUUCCCCCUUUUGUCUACGUUUCCCGUCUCUCAUCUCCUCUCGUAUGCCCUGCAUGGGUCACUUUAUUAUGUAGCAUGUACCUGUAAUUAGCUACAUACAUAGUUGCAGCGUCGGGCGAUAGGGGUCUGGCCUCUAGUGGCCUUUUAAACGAACAUGAGCAUUGUUGCGCACAGUUAGGGUCCAAUUUAGAUUACGAUACAUUCCAAAGAUUCAAUUAUUAGAUUUGGAGAUGAAUAAGUGCUUUUUACUCUAUUCUAAUGCAAAUUAAAUAUUCAAAAAACUUGUAUGAGGAUAGAUGGGUGUUCCGUUUUGUCUGAUGGCAAUGAAUCUUUAUCAUGGAAAUUCUCCACGCGAAAAUAUAAAGUUGGACAGAUGGAAUAUUAUAAAAAUUCUUUAUCGGCAUAGUAAGGAAAAUAUACGUAGGUAUUUAAAUUAACAUAGCAAAAGUUCUUGCAUUACAAACAUAGUCACUAAUCGCGCUUUUACUUAAAUAAUACAUUAGACAAUUUUAUCACGCGCUGCUAACUAUAGGUCGCAAAGGCAAGACAGGAAGUUCUACAAAAAAGGCAUAAAACAGAGUAGGUAAAACAAAUUAUACAUAAUAUAAAUAUCACGAAGUACCCAAAUACAUGUUUUAAUCUUGUCUGAUAAAGCGUUAAUGCUUGACUACUUCCAAUCAUAAAUUCGAACAGCUGCAGAAUUACAAAACAAGUUUAGAUACUUUAUUUUAAAAGUACCUACUGGUCCAUAACAAAAGCUGUACUGUACCCAUAGAUAAUACAUAUAAUACUGGUAACUGUACCAUAAUGUACCUACUAAAUAUUUUAAUAUCAACGGAUCGGAUUCAAUCAUUUGACCUUCACCGUCCCCUUCUAAAAAUACGUGCACGUGUCGUUUUCAAGGGGUGGGUAUACGUUCAACCUCCGUUAUAUAAGACUGGCAGACGGCAGCUUUCUGCCACGCAAAAAUGAACCUUGACUUUAGCAAGGUAGGGUCAAAAAUUGAGCUAUCAGGUCUAUUGUAAGUACCUUUAUUGGAGGAAAGUAACUUGUUUGCCACGGGUUGUUGUUUAGCCACGGGUGAGGAAUUGCGCUUUUGAUUUCAUGAACAGAAUCUUAGCAAUCACUUAAUUAUUUCCAUUGAAACUAACGGAUUAGGUUUUAUUUUGUCGAAUAAUUUGGGUAUUGAGUUCCAUUUAUAGAGGCUUGUUAAAUUACUCAAUUAACGUACAUAAGCCACAAAACUGUAAUUAGUUAGUAAGCCUGAAUAAAUGUAAAUAGAUUAAAAUUCCUGUAGUUUUAUUUUAUUAACUGUGUUACUGGUAGGUUGAGGGCCAAAUAAUAAGAUAAUUAAUUUAUAAAAAUAGUUUAUUCAAACAUCACAAUUAACCCUCAUACCGAGUGUGGGCCACAAAAUUACAAACACAUAUUUUUUAAAAGGUUGACUUCUCAAAAAUGACUUAGAGUUACUAAAAACAUGUGUUUGUACAAUACGUCACAAAAUGUUAUAUGCAUCGAAAUGCGAAUACAAUUAUAGAAAACAAUUAAAUCUAGUUCCUUGAGAUCUUAUUUACAAAUUGUAUUUACAUUUCUAUUUUACCUUAAAUGUAAUGUUACGUAAGCUGGAGAAAUGCAAAGCUACUUAAAUAUUAAGAAAAUGUUAUGAUAAAUACUAACAUACAUAUGUCCCUAAGUAAAUACAUACAAUAUAAUUAUCGUCACUAAUAUCAUUGAUUUUGAGUCAAAUUGAAGAUGCCGACUGAUAAAUUACCUAAUGAAGGUAG